CAGUACAGGCCCAAGUCCUACUGCAAUGCCAGUCUCCUCAGGUCUGGGACAGUUCUGUGCCUAAGGUGGAAGCCAGGGGAGGGAACCACCGCGCUGUGUCCCUUUACAGCACUCUGUCCCUAAGGGAGCUGCUCCUGCCACCCAGAUCUCACUGGCCAAGCAGAGCCUCCAGACAGACCCGCCAGUCAGAAUGGGGAGGGCGCUUCCGGUCCGCCAUGAUCCAGGCUCGGCUGAGGGACUGAGGGAGUCUCCUUUGGUUCUGCGUGCUGUACUGAGAGCCGCUGCCGGGAGCCGAGGAGAGCGGGGCGAGCUCGGAGUCCGCGCCAUGGAUGCUGUGUCCUAUGAGGAUGUGCAUGUGAACUUCUCUCAGGAAGAGUGGGCUUUGCUGGAUCCUUCUCAGAAGAGUCUCUACAAAGAUGUGAUGCUGGAGACCUACUGCAACCUUACUUGUAUAGGCUACAAAUGGGAAGACCACAAUAUUGAAGAAUAUUGUCAAAGUUCCAGAAGAUAUGGAAGGUUUAUCAGCUGUCCCUCUGGAUACAAAGCAUGUGAUCUUAAGGGCUAUGAAAAGAAGCAGUGUACAUCUCUGUUUCCCAGAGCAAUGAAAAGAUAUGUAGUCAUCCCCUCUAUGAGAAGACCAAGUGAAUGUGAUACAAGUUUACAAGUAAUUGAUUUUCCAGCUUCAGUGGAAAUGUAUCAAAAUACUCACAUUAGAGAAAGGCCCUAUGAAUACAAAGAAUGUGAAAAAUCUUUUGUCUGUCCUGAUUCACUUUUCACAUGUAGUGUGAUUCAAACUAUAGGAAAAUGUUAUGAAUGCAAUCAGUGUGGAAAAGCUCUUAGUUCUUCCAGUUCCCUUCAAAGACAUAAAAAAACUCAUAUGGGAAAAGGAAAUGAUAAAUGUGAGCCAAGUAGUAAAAGCUUUAACUAUCACAGGUAUCUUCAAAUACACAAGGCAACCUAUAAUAAAGAGGAUCUCUAUGAACAUAAUCAAUAUGAUAAAGCCACUUUACAAUUAUACCAAAGAACUCAUUUAGAAAAAUAUCCCUAUGACUAUAAUCAAGGAGAUAAAACCUUUGCAUGUCCUAGUUAUCUUCAAAUACAUGAAAGAAUUCAUACUGGAGAAAAACCCUAUGUAUGCAAUCAAUGUGGUAAAGCCUUUGCAUAUAAAAGUCAUUUUCACAAGCAUGAAAGAACUCAUACUGGAGAGAAACCCUAUGAAUGUAACGAAUGUGGUAAAGCCUUUUCAUGUAAUGGUAAUCUUAAAAUACAUGAAAGAAUUCAUACUGGAGAGAAACCCUAUAGAUGUAAUCAAUGUGGUAAAGCCUUUGCAUACAGCAAUAGUCUUCAGAAGCAUGAAAGAACGCAUACUGGAGAGAAACCCUAUGAAUGUAAUCAAUGUGGUAAAGCCUUUACAUGUCAUAGUACUCUUCAAAUACAUGAAAGAAUUCAUACUGGAGAGAAACCCUAUAAAUGUAAUCAAUGUGGUAAAACCUUUGCACGUAACAGUCAUCUUCAAAUGCAUGAAAGAACCCAUACUGGAGAGAAACCCUAUGAAUGUAAUCAAUGUGGUAAAGCCUUUGCAUAUCGCAGUCAUCUUCAAAGGCAUGAAAGAACGCAUACUGGAGAGAAACCCUAUAAAUGUAAUCAAUGUGGUAAAGCCUUUGCAUAUCGCAGUAGUCUUCGACUGCAUGAAACAUGUCAUUCUGGAGAGAAACCUUAUGAAUGUAAUCAGUGUGAUAAAGCCUUUGCCUGUCCCAGUUAUCUUCAAAUACAUGAAAGAAUUCAUACUGGAGAGAAACCCUUUAAAUGUAAUCAUUGUUUUAAAACCUACGCAUAUCGCAGUAGUCUUCACAUGCAUGAGAGAAAUCAUAGCGGAGAGAAGCCUUUUGCAUGUAAUCAAUGUGGUAUACCCUUUGCAUGUCCCAGUACUCUUCACAAACAUGAAAAAUUUUAUGCUGACAAAAAAUCUCCCAGGAAUCUAAUAAAUGAGGUCUAGACUUUCAUAUCAUAUUCAUUUUCCCUAUUGAAUUGUUUUACUGGUGCUUGAGUAAGAUUAGUAGAUCUAUUUAAUCAUUAAAAUAUGCUCUCCUUUUCAAACUGUAGGCAUAUUGUCAUCCAAGAAUAUGGAAACACAGGACAAUUUAAAUAAUAAAAUCUAUUUGCAAAUGAAAA